AGCCAAGUGUCACCCGCAAUCAGCCCUUCAAAUGGGGUGGAUCUCGAAAUCCCACACAGCAGCGAUGAAGUCGCGAGCAGAACCGGCGCCGUUACAUUAGACCUCGAGGGCUGGAGAGGGAAACAGAUCACUUCAUUUAUUCUGCCUGAUCGCAACCACCGUAACCGAGAAGAUGAAGCGGCGGAAGGUCGUCGUAGCGGCCGGUUUCUGUCUCUCCUUCUUCCUCGGUACGCUGUUCAAUCUGCUCUCCGUGCCAGCGUUCGAGCACCAGCAGCACCAGCAGCUCGGAAAACAACAACAACAGCAGCAGCUGCAGCAGCAGCAGCUCGAGGCGAGUCUCGAGCCCACCACCGCCGCGGCCACCAGCGGCCACGCGCAGCUCCAGUCCUUGCGGCAGCAGAUUCGCGCGCGGCUGCGCGAGGCUCUCCGCUACGGGCCGUUCCCCGAGCGCGGCGCGCGGCCGCCGCUCGAGCGCAGGCGCCUCAUGGACCUGCAGCGCGCGCAGGAGGAGGAGCGCGAGGAGCGGGAGCACGGGGGCGCGGGGCGGCUCGGCUGCAGCAGCGUGGACGCCGCGAGCGACGUCCGCUUCGUGGGCUCCGGAUACACCAAGGCCGUGUACCGCGCCGCGCUCAACGGCAGCUUCGCCGUGGCGCUCAAAUCGGUGGACUUCGGCGGUCACGACAUGGAGGAGUGCGUGAGGAAGUACGGCUCUGCGGGAGACUGCUACAGACUGGCCUCCGUUAAACUGGUGAAGGAGAUGGCGCUGAUGGAGAGGCUGCAGCACCCCAACAUCCUCAAGCUAUAUGGCUACUGCUACCAGGACAGCAACGACAUUAAGGACACUGUGACGGCCAUCACGGAGCUGGGCAGCCCUCUGGAGAUGAUCCAGUUGCUGCAGACGCCCUGGGAGGAGAGAUUCAGGAUCUGUCUGAGUCUGAUGCGGCUGCUGCACUAUCUGGCCCAUUCUCCGCUGGGCUCUCUCACCUUGUUGGACUUCAGGCCUAGGCAGUUUGUGCUGGUGGACGGAGAGCUCAAGGUGACGGACCUGGAUGACGCCAGUGUGGAGGAGACGCCCUGCUCCUCCUCUGCAGACUGCCUGCUGGAGUUCCCUGCCCGCAACUUCACCCUCCAGUGCAGCAGUGGGCGCUGCCAGGGCAUCAACGAGAAGAGGAACCUGUACAACGCCUACAGGUUCUUCUUUACCUACCUGCUCCCUCACAGUGCCCCCACUGCCCUCAGGCCUCUCCUCGACAAGAUCGUCAACUCCACAGGGGAGCUGCUGUGGGGCACAGACGAGACCCUAGCUCACCUCGAGAAGGCGCUGGACGUUUACAGGAGUGGACAGUACCUCAUGAACGACACACAGACGCAUAAAACAGCAGAAUAUAAACGGGUGGUGGACGCCUCGAUUCCUGGAGAGAACUACCGCUGCUGGCCAUCAUAUCAGCACGACGGAUGCAUGCUGUCUGUCUAUGACGUCCGUGAGGCCAUCGGGGUCUGUGAGAGCCACGCUCAGUGCAGAGCUUUUGUCCUGACCAAUCAGAGCACCUGGACAGGACACCAGCUUGCGCUCUUCAAGACGGGCUCGUCCAGCAUGACGUCGGCUAAAGGCAAGCUAACAUACAUCAAACUGGGCAGCUGAGGGAGAGAGAAAAAAAGAGAGAGAGAUGAAGAGGUUGGUCCCGGACCGCUGUCCAUCCCUCUGAUCGUCUCUCAUGGGACUGAGUUGAGGAAGGUGUGGUCAACUCAUCCUCACGCUCCUUCCUCCAUACGUUCCUCUGAACGAUCUAAGAGGAAGCUGACCACAUUGAGGCCCCGCCAGAGUGCAAUAUCAGUAUCUUCUGUCUGAAGCUUAACCUCCUCUUCUGAGGUUCUGAACGUGGACAUGAAUGUUUCAAAUGGGCUAAAUGUUCAGGCUGGACUUCUACCUGCAUGUCUGUUUAGGUACCUUUCAAAUAUUGAUACCACAGAAGGCUUACCCUGCUAAGAGUAUUCUGUGGGUAUGUUGAUGAAUUAAAGGGACACAGUGGUGCAGUAGUCUCUAGAGCGAGAUUUCCCAGUUUAAAUAGUAGGAAACCCCCCGUUCUGGUGAUGGAACUUGAAGGUUGGGGGAACUUCUGAAAUAAUACAACUGCUUUAGGGCGGAUUUUUGGAGGUGGGGGCUGAAAGGUUUUUUCCACUAGCUGGCAAUUGCUGAAGGAAGCUAGAUGGAUAACGUUAUUGCUGGGAGGCCAAAUAUCUUAUUGGAACUGUGUAAUUGUGUCAGUUAUUUUCAUUAUAAUGGAGAGAAUGGGUCACUCAAAUGAAAGAAUGGAAGACGGCAAGCUAAAAGCUAAAAUUAGCAAGGUAGCUACCUGGCUCUCUAGACGCCUUACCUCAGCUUGGCUUCUUGUUUGCGACUAAAAGGGUUAAAAUGUGCCGUCUGGUGUCCAUUUUGUGCCGAAUAACAAUAGAAUUGACAGCCAGGGCCUGAGGAUCAGUGGCUAGGCUAGCAGUCAGGACUGGUUGACGCCACCGGAUUCCCAAUUAGUUGUGUGACAUGUUUAUUUUAGACCUGGAUGCCCAAAAUGAAGUUAAUCAACAAACAUUUUUAAAUGUAAUCGUGUCACGUGUAACAAUUAUCUGACCAAAUUUAAACAAUUUAAGCACAUAUAGACAGUCAGCCAAGAUGUUUGUUGUUGGAAAUUUGCUUCUAUUCCUUUGCAGUGGAGCUAAACAUGUCUUGGCUAACCAACUACACCAGAAUUCCCACAACGUGUGAACUACUUCUUUAAAAAACACAAACUUUAAUGUAUUGCAAAGAAUAUUGCCAGGGUUAUGUGUAGAAAUAAAAUUGCAACGUGGCAUUUUUGUCCGUAUUGUGCAGCCCUAGUGUUGCACCUUCUCAAUCAUGGUCAAACACACAUCAAGAACCUGUCAAGAAAGACAUCCUUUCUUUUUUAUGACCCAUCAGGUUCGGUCUGCACAUCUCAGGUGUGUCUGGUACAGCCCAUAUCUGCACGUCCUCUCUCUUGUACUCCCCUCCCUUCUUCUCUUAGGUCUUCAGCACUUUUUUUUCAAGUCUAACAGGGUCUUUGUUCUUGUGCUGAACUUUAAAAUAGAACUUCCACUUUGAUUCCAAAUCGUUUAAGGGGUUUGUUUGUAUGGUACAAAGAAAUGGUACAACUUAGGAUUCAGGACUUUUGGUGGUUCUGUAGAGCAACUAUGAAAUAUAUGAAAGUUACUGUAAAACAUGGAGACGAAGCCGAAAUGUAUUAUCCUGCAAAUGGAUUUUCGUUGACCAAAUGUGAUAAUCAGUGUCAGUGUGUGUUGUGUCCAUUUGGUCUUAUUUUCAGUGGAGAUCCAAGCUUGUGCCCGCUGUGUCCAUGACCCCUUGUAACACAGUGAACAAGGUGAAUUUCUCAGUCUAUGAAUUUCCCAAGGAAAUGUGAAGCUUUUACUUGACAGGUGAAGGACUGAAUGAUUCUCUGCUUUCAGAGAAAGCAAUGAAAUGAAACCGAAGUCAACACGUACAUAAGCUUUGGCUUUAAUAAUGAUGUAUAUAAUGACACUGUUGAUGAAAGCAAUAUUUUUGUAUGAAAAUAUAAAAGUCUUAUGGCUUUA